GAUCAAAUACUUGUAGUUUACGAUGCAAAAAUUCCCACCAUUUUGUUUUCUGUAGCACCAGAAAAUGCCAUCCGUUGUUGUCAAUUGGUAGAGCACAUUUGAAGCUCGUCGGUGUGGUUCGAGGAUUGCAAAUAUAUGUUCGAAGAGGAACAAGGAGUGAUACGUUUAUUUGAAGUUUUUCGAGGGGAGUUUUGUUGCGGAAAUUGAAUUGUAGGAUGAGAGGAGGAUUAUGGCAGAUGCGAUGGCCGGUUGUCAUGUUUUGAGGAACGUGAAGAGCUCAUCGUUGCUGCUGCUACUGCAGUUUCAACAUGUCAAGGGAAGGAGACGCGAGAGUUGCAAAGUGAGGAUUGUAAGUGGCAGAUUUCGAAGCUGCUUAACAAUCGGGCGUGAGAGGAGGAGCGCUCUUAAGUCGUCGGAAGCUGUCACUCUGCUCCUGAUUUCUCAGCUCCGUGGGAUACAAUCGUUGUCAACCUCAAGACACUCCUUGUGCCGGAGAGGACAUGCACCCCUGAAUAAUGUUGUAGCCAGGGAUUUCUAUUCACCUGAGGAUGGUGUGUUGCUAACACCUUAUAAGUGAUUUCCUCGGAGCUCAGCGAUCCCUUGAUUUGUGUUUGUGUCUCGCUGAUCAAUCACAACCUCUAGAGAGAAUGCAGAGAUUGAUGUCUUGUUGCUUUUAGUUGACAGUUUGAUACGCCUAAAGGUUCAUGCAACGAAAUUCUUUACUGCAACUUUUGAUGAUGCCGCUUAGAUUGGAUCAUUCUAGUCACGACUGCACCAAAUGGUUGUUACGAAGUCGGAGCUCAUUCGCUGCUUCUCAUAAAUCAUUCCAGUGAUAUGCUAUUGUGUUGAAAAGUUGCUUGUUUUGUUUUUUGUUUUUUGUUUUUUUCUAUUCCUGAUAGCUUUCGUUGAAUUCAUUGAUAAGCGUUACAACAGAAAAAAACUCUAAUUGUUUGCUCUGCUGGC